GAACGGCAAGAGCACGCAGAGCAGAAGUGAAAUAAAGACCGCUCCGUGGAUUACCUCGAAGUGCAAAUACAAUAUCAAUUAAAUAAAUCCACACACACACACCCACACACAUACUCAUACAAGUGACAGAGAUCUCAAGAUGGUGCUGGAAACGGAAAUGUCCAAGACCUAUCAAUAUCGCAAAGUGAUGAAACCCAUGCUGGAGCGAAAGAGACGCGCCCGCAUCAACAAGUGCCUGGACGAGCUCAAAGAUAUAAUGGUCGAGUGCCUGACCCAGGAGGGCGAGCACAUUACACGCCUGGAGAAGGCCGACAUUCUGGAGCUGACAGUGGAGCACAUGAAGAAGCUGCGCGCGCACAAGCAACUGAGAUUAGGCGCCACUGGUGUCGGCAGUAACGACAGCAAGCUGAGCAUCGCCGAGAGUUUCCGUGCCGGCUAUGUGCAUGCGGCAAAUGAAGUGUCCAAGACAUUGGCCGCUGUGCCCGGCGUCAGCGUGGAUUUGGGCACACAGCUGAUGAGUCAUCUGGGACAUCGGCUGAACUAUUUGCAGGUGGUGGUGCCCACCCUGCCCAUUGGUGUACCUCUCACACAAGCGCCCUCCGUAACAGUGUCCCUUGCUGGCAGCUCUUCGCCGGUGCUGGUCACCCCGCCGCCAUCGGAAUGCGGCAGCAUGGAGAGCGGCAGCUGCAGUCCGGCCCCCAGUGAGGCCAGCAACAGCAGCGGUUCCAUGUGGCGUCCCUGGUGAAGUGGUAAAGCAGUAGCUGCCUUCCGCAGAAGGCUGGAAUACAAAUCAUCUGAGCUACCCCAUGCAAGCGACAAUUCUCGUUGGCUGGCAAAUGCGCAAUUCUGGAGCACUCGAACAGUGGAGCACUGGCGCUGGAGUUGACAGCAUUCCACUUCCGCUAGAGCCUUCCUAUGUGGCUGGAAGUACAUACAUAUGUAGCGUAGCAAUAAAUGUCGGAUAAGACA